AUGUCCGCCAAAGCCUUGACAAUCGAAACUUUCACUGAAUAUGGAAUUGGAAUGAUCUUCCUUUUAGUCCGACUAUAUGCCCGACUGCACAUAGGAGGUCUUCGCGGGCUCCGGCUGGAUGAUGUUUUUGCUGUUUCUGGCAUGAUAUUUUGGUCCAUGCAGACUGCUAUCAUCCAUCUUCUGGGGGUAUAUGGCAACAACAUUGGAUUAGACGAGCAAACAGCUAUGCUUGUCCCAGACAGCAAAAUCCCUGAUAUGAUCCUUGGAUCGAAGCUGGCUUUCAUGAACUGGAUAUGGUACAUCUGCUAUAUUUGGUGUCUAAAGGGUGUUCUUCUUUGCCUUUACUGGAAACUCACAGAAGGAACCUGGCACCGUCACCUAGUUACAGCAGCUGCAUCAUUCUAUAACUGCACUCUCCGGGGACCUCUUUACAUUGUCAUCGCCGUCUUCAACGUAAUAUCCGACGCCUGCAUAAUCCUAAUCCCAAUCCCAAUCCUCGCCAAACUCCAAAUCCCACUCCAGCGAAAGGUAAUCCUGGUAGUGAUGUUUUCCUCAGGGUUCUUCAUCAUGAUCUGCACAAUCCUGCGCGCCUACUACUCACUCUCAUCAAUCACAAACCUCGGCACAGCACUCGGCUGGGCAGAUCGCGAAUGCUUCGUCGCAGCCAUCGUGGUCUCCCUACCCGGAAUCAAACCGCUCUUCCGGAACACGCGCUGGCUGGGAUCAACGAACCGCAAGAACUCCAAGGGCCCGUACUACAACAGCGAUGGGUACAAUGGGGCUGGGUCAAACUCCGGAAAGACGAAGACCUUUGUUUCGUCGCGGGCUCGGAAGAGUGGCGGGUUUGAGCUCGACAGUGUGCUGCAUACAAAUAAGGGGAGUCGGAUUUCGGAGGCCGGGAGUGAGGAGUAUAUUCUUGAGGGAAACCAAAACGUGCCGGCUGGUGCUGGGCAGCGGGAUCCUAUGGCUAUUCGGGUUACGACGGAGUAUACUCUUGAACGUGAGCAGGGGAGGUCUGAUCAGCUGAGGUCUUGA